AUGCUUAGUCGUAAGCGUCGCGCGAGUUCAAUAUCAAGUCGACAAGAUGAAGAUCCCCUUCUGCUAGACGAUUCGACGCCGGAGCAAUCGCCGGUACAGCAGACACAAUCGGCGCGCAAAAAGCGGCGCUUGGAUCCAACGGAGCUGUGCCAACAGCUGUACGACUCCAUACGUAACAUUAAGAAAGAAGAUGGAUCUAUGUUGUGCGAUACAUUCAUAAGAGCACCUAAGCGCCGCCAAGAGCCCUCCUACUAUGACGUGGUGGUGAAUCCCAUCGAUUUGCUGAAAGUACAACAAAAGUUAAAAACAGAUUCCUAUGACGAUUUGUACGAUAUGAUGAACGACCUGGAAUUGUUAAUAAGUAAUGCAAAGGCGUUCUAUAAACCCGACUCGGCCGAAUUUCAGGACGCCGUUGCUUUGUGGCAGCAUAUACAGACUCAGCGUCAACGCAUCAUGGAAGCAAAUGGCUUCGCGGAGGAGGAGCCACGUGCAAAACGUGCGCCCCGCAAUGCGCGUCGGCUGACGAGCAGCACUGAACCAGGCGGUGGGGAUCUUGACGACGAUUGCAAUCAGUACGAAGAACUUUUUGCAUCGAUAAUGACGGCCACGGAUCCGAUAGGUGACAGGGCUAUGCAUCGCAUGUUUCAACUUUUGCCGUCUAAGAAGAUUUAUCCUGACUACUAUGAUGUUAUAGAGCAUCCAAUUGAUUUACGGCUGAUUGCCACUAAGAUACAAAUGAACGCGUAUUCUUCGUUGGUGGAAAUGGAGCGCGACCUACUGCAAAUGACAAAGAAUGCUUGCCUUUUCAAUGAGCCUGGAUCGCAGAUUUAUAAGGAUGCCAAGGCCUUAAAGCGAAUCUUUACACAACGACGUCUAGAGCUAGAGACGGGCAAGGGCAAGCCAGUCCGACGCGUCAAGAGUUUGUCGAGUGCAGCGAUAGCAGCGCUCAAAGAGGAAGUGGAUAGCUCGGACGAUGAGGAGACCAGCAAGAAAGGCGAGGGACCCAUGUGGGCAUUAUUUGAUCACUUGUAUAAUGCUCCUGGCACAUCAGAGCAUCCCGGUGUCACUGGUCCGCCGCUGGGCAAUUCUUUGUGGAAGCUGCCUGUGCGUCGCUUUCAUCCUGAAUACUUCGAGCUUAUCAAACGUCCCAUUUCAAUGAGUCAAAUUCACACUAAGCUAAAGAAGGGCGAUUAUGCGAACAUAAGUGAUCUCACUGGCGAUCUCUAUUUGAUGCUGGAUAAUGCCAAAAAAGCGUUUCCAAUCACGCAUCGCACGCACAAAGAUGCACUGAAAAUGCUGAAACUCAUGAAUGCCAAACUAGUAGAGGAAUCGCUGGAAGAAACCAGUGAUAUGGAUGAGGAUGAAAUAGACGAAACUUUCACAGCGAGCGUGCAGCCAGAGAAGCGCAAACCGGGCAGGCCACGAGUCAAUUCAAAUUCCAGUACGGCGCACACGUCCAACAACUCAAAUUCACCCAAAACGAAUCGCAUUGCUAUCAAUGCGACCAUCAAGAAGAAAAUUCUCACUAUACAAAAAUACCUGGUGGACUUUACGGUAGGCAACCGUAGGCCCAUUGAGAUGUUUAUGGAAAAGCCACCGCGCAAGGUAUAUCCAGAUUACUAUGAUAUAAUACAGAAUCCCAUUGACAUGAAUACCAUUGAGCACAAUAUUCGUGCCGAUCGGUAUGCCACCGUGGAGGACGUCGUUGCCGACUAUCGACUCAUGUUUUCCAAUUGUCGACAAUAUAAUGAGGAGGGUUCCAAUAUUUACGAGGACGCCAAUUCGCUGGAACGCGCCCUGAACGAAAAGCUCAAAGAAUUUCCUGGUCUGGUGGAGGUCAAGAGGCCUCUGCAAAAAUACAACAAGCUUGGGCGCAAGCCAAAGGCAGCGCUGCUAGCUGAUCGUGAUCGCCUCUGGCAGUUUUAUGAAACGCUGCGAGACUAUCAGGAACCGAAAGGCAAGCGCCAAUUGUCGCUAAUCUUUACCAAGCUGCCAUCAAAAAGCGACUAUCCGGAAUAUUAUGACAUAAUCAAGGAUCCAAUGGAUAUGGAGCGCAUUGCACAGAAACUAAAGCAGGCCGCCUACGAAAGUGUGGACGAGCUGGCCGCUGAUUUUCUGCUCAUGCUUGAAAAUGCCUGCAAAUAUAAUGAGCCCGACUCGCAAAUAUACAAAGACGCUUUGGUGUUGCAACAGUUGACGCUGCAAUUAAAGCAGCAGCUGCGCACUGAGCGUGAUGCACUGCCGGAUGUCUCGUUGGCUGUUCAGGAACUGUUCUUAACGCUCUUUACUUCGGUUUACAAUCACCAAGACGAAGAGGGACGCUGUUAUUCGGACUCUUUGGCUGAGUUGCCCGAGUAUGACGAGUUGGGCGAUGGCGCGAAAGUACGCGGUAUAUCCCUGGAUCUGGUCAAACGUCGUCUGGAUAAAGGAGCCUAUAAGCGUUUGGAUGUCUACCAGGAGGACAUGUUUUCUUGUUUGGAGCGAGCGCGCAAAUUGUCGCGCACCGACUCGGACAUUUUCCAGGACUCCAUCGAACUACAAACGUAUUUUAUACGAAAGCGAGAUGAGCUGUGCAAGGACACACUGAGUUCGCCGGCGCUCGGCUUCACGCUAGACAAAUUGCUUUUAGACGUGGAGGUAAUGCGGCUGCAGAAGGUGGCCCAAGAGGAACAGGAUCAGGAGCAAGACAAAGAUGACUUCAAUGCAAACACAAAAGGGGAAAGCAUGACAAUCAACCAGCAGGUGUAUUCGCCUGGCGACUAUGUGUAUGUUCAGAUGCCAGAGAACAAGAUUCCCAGUAUUGCAUGUAUCGAAAGGCUAUGGACUACGCCGAACAAUGAAAAGCUAAUGCAGGCCUCAAUCUUUCUGCGUCCGCACGAGACCUAUCACGUAACUUCGCGAAAGUUUCUCGAAAAGGAGGUCUUCAAGAGCAGCAUCUCGCAAACCAUUUCCAUGGAUAAGGUACUGGGCAUGUGCUACGUCAUGCAUAUCAGGGACUACAUUAAGUUGCGGCCCGAUGGGCUGCCCGAAAAAGAUGUGUUUGUCUGUGAAUCUCGAUACAAUCUGCAAGGGCGUUGUUUCAAGAAGCUUAAGAAUUGGCCAACUUCGCGCGAAAGCAACAACAGUUCGGUGAGAUUUGUGCCGCGCGACACGCCAUUGGAACUGAAGCGUGUGAUGUCCGUCUUUAAGGAGCGAAUUGAAAAGCACAAAGGCGAGCUAGAGGAGCUUAAGCUGCAGGAAGCGCUGGUCGAAAAGGAAAAACCCAAUGUAACCUGCGACGCACCACCAAAUGCCCAGGAUAACAGUGUAUACUAUCAGCAGUAUAACACCAUUUGUAGCGGGGUCAUCAAGACCGGUGAUUUUGUUUAUGUGGCCACGCAAAGUGGAAAGCAAUCCGUUGCCCAAGUCCAGCAGAUCUGGGAAUUAAAUGGAAAAUCGUAUUUUAAGGGACCGUGGUUGCUGUCACCUAGCGAGACAACACCAGCAUUAGGCAAGCAAUUUUAUCGCCAAGAGUUGCUACUAAGCACUGUUGAGGAUAUGAGUCCCGUCAUUGGUAUCGUGGGCCGCUGUGCUGUGCUGGAGUAUGCCGAGUUCAUUAGCUCCCGACCCACAGAAAUCGCUGAGAGUGAUGUGUACAUUUGCGAGUCAGUCUACGAUGAAGUUAAGAAAGCAUUACGCAAUCUGGUAGUCGGCAAUUUGCGCAAGUUCCAGCAUAGUGCUGAGGUCACCGAAGAUGAAAUAUUUUAUUUCAAAUCGCCCAUUAAACCAGCCAAGGAUGUGAAGAACGAGUUGAACGAGUUGUCCAUGCUAGAAGAUUCUAUGGAUGGUGAUACGCCAUCGCUAAGCUCGGAUAUAGUCGCAAUAUCGUCCCCAGCGCCGUCCGUGAACUCUACGCCGCUUACCUCUAAGACAAAAAUGAAAUCGGCAAAGAAGAGCCUCACUGGAUACAUACUGUACUCUAGCGAUGUGCGUAAGGGUAUAAGUCAGAGCAAUCCGGAUGCAACAUUUGGUGACAUUUCUCGCUUAGUGGGCAAUGAGUGGAAGAGUUUGCCCUCUAGCGUCAAGCAAAGCUGGGAGGAUCGCGCCAACAAGCUGAACGAAGAGGCCGCUGCCUUGCGUCGUGAGAUUGACGAUAACCAAAAUUGUGGAAGUCCACUGCCGCAAAGCGCUACUGGCGGUCAGGACUCAGGUCCGGCGCUGACCUUUGAAUGCCUAUGGGACAAGUGUGACUAUCAAUUCGAAGAAAUGGCAGACUGUACUGAGCAUUGUCUUUCCGAUGCCACUGGACACAUUCAGCGACACCCCCAGGCAGGCGUCGAGAUGGAGUACGUGUGUCUCUGGCGUAACUGUCCGCGCAUACGCAAGUCUGUCCAAGCUUUUCCCAAUGUGUUGCGGCUCAUUAAACAUGUGCGCGAGGUACAUCUGAGCAAGUGUGGUAAACCGUUAGGGAUCACGGAGCGCAGUAAAAACUUUGUGCCCCGCAAGCAGAAACUAGGACCUCAGUUAGGGUCCAGUGUACCAAUCCCAUCCAACAACGCGCACUCACCCCGAGCACCGCUUAACGCGGAGGUUGCGCAGCAACAGCAACAACUGCAGCUUCAGCAACAACAGCAGCAACAACAACAGCAGCAGAUGCAGACUAUUGUUACGGGACCGCCUCUGGAGCCUAUGUUUGUAACUGUACCACCCCGUUCCAACCGUGUCAUCCACUCCGAGGCUUAUAUUAAGUACAUUGAAAGCCUGCAGACGGGUAGCCAUUUAAGUGUCAGCGCCUGCAAUAACAAUUGGCGUCGAUCACUUACCCACGUGCAUCCUACCCAGGUGGGAAAGACGCAGUUGCCUGAGCACUGGCUGGGCCCCAAUAUACGUGACCAAGAAAAUGUGGUGCAGGCGCUAUGCCAUUUACGGAACUUCAUGUUGGACGAUGUGCUGGAAAUACAGCGCAGCUGCAAUUAAAUUUGAUUCUAUGAGAGUUUGAAAAUACAAAUUUUAUCUGUAUGUCAAAAAAAGUUAAAUAAGAUAACUAUAUAGAAAUACCAUUAAAAGUCAUGAUCAUUGCAAUACGACAAAAAUCCAUCGAUGACCCGAAUGUAAAAAAAAAA